AUGGCGCGAACGUACGCGACAUCGGAGGCGGUCAUCAUCAUCAGCACCAUUUUUCCUGCAAUGGGCAUCGUUGUUGUCUUCUUGCGGUUUUACACACGAAUCAAGUUAGGGUCUAUGCUAUGGAUUGACGACUGGUUGACGAUACCUGCCUUGUUCUUCGAACUGGUUCUGGCUGCACUUCUUAUAUGGGGAGGUGCGACGAAGUCUUUAGGCGAUCUCCUCCCUCCUCCGAGUGUGCCUGGCCCUGAUGGAUAUCUUUUUUCUACGUCGCCGCGACAGAUCAGGCUCCAGCAGAUACAAUAUUUCGCCGACAUUGCAGCCAUCCUCGCCUUCGGAUUUACCAAGCUCAGCAUUCUCUUCUUCUAUCGAAAGAUCUUCUGUAGCGCGGGAAUUAGCAAGACGGUAUUCGACGUCAUCACAUGGGUAGUCAUUGUGCUGGUCGUGGCCUGGACGACUGCGUUCGGCUUUGGGGCGAUCUUUCUAUGCGGAGUUCACCCGACCAACGCAUGGGCACCGGUGGCUGUUGUUUCUGAGAAGUGCAGUGCCCAACUUAAGCUUCUGGAGGGGUACGCUAUCUCGGAUUUCAUCAUGGAUGUCAUCAUAUGGCUGCUACCGAUUCCGAAGAUCCUUGCUCUAAACAUGAGCUUACGCAAACGAAUUGCAGUGGUAGGGGUCUUUCUGGUCGGUCUGAUCGCCACAGCGGCCUCCGCCACACGUAUGGGAAUCUACAUCACCUACAUCGUGAACGCCUUUGCCCAAUCUGAUGGAGAGACUCUAAUCACCUAUCUAAUGUUCUGGACGAUGAUUGAAUGCGGUCUCGGCGUCGUCGUCGUCUGCCUGCCUACCUUGCGCCCGCUGCAGCGCAUCAUUUCAAUGGACUCGAUUGUGAGCCAGAUCCGCGGCAAGCUAUCCUUGAAAAGCUUGCCAAGACGAUCAUCCCAAGAUUCUGGAAGUAUUGGUCUGUAUAACUUCGGCCAGUCGGUAAACUCCACAUCGACACAGUCAAAGGCUCACUACAAUACGUACAGCGGAUCCGGGAAUGCAUAUUCUGCGGAAGCAAUUCGCUCGGCCCGAGCGAGUGACUGGUCAAAACCAGGGAUCCAUGUGAAACAUGAAAUCGAGCAAUAUUAA